AUGAAUACUUUUCCUCUUAACAAAGAUCAACCUGAGAUCUCAGAACAUCCACAGAACCAGAUAGUACUGGAAGGCUUUAAUGUAUCAUUUUUAUGUAAUGCAAGUGGCAAUCCUACGCCGACAUUCUCUUGGACCAUAAAUGGAUCUCCUGUAAAUUCUACUUCCAAUCCAAGGAUCACUUUCUCAGCAUAUAACAAACAACUAACAAUAACGACUGUCAAGAGAACAGACGGUGGAGAAUACAAAUGCUUGGCUAGCAACAGUGUUAACACAGUAACCUCUACUGCUGCCUCUCUUAUAGUUCAAUGUAAGGAAUCUUUCACUUUUUUGCUACGUUGAAAUCUGUACAUCAGUAGAAGCGUAUUAUGUGACGAGAUCGUCUGUCGUUAAUAAACUGGAUAUAUCAUAUCAUGAUGAAAUUACCUGAUCAUUUAGAAUACAAGUGGACUUCUCCACCAAAAAAAUGUCUGCUAAUAUUGAACAUUAAAUAUGCCGGAUGAUUCAUGAAAAAGCUUUUGACGAUGUUUUUUUAAGAGCGCAAAAUGCAUCGUAGUUUUAUGAUGAAGAUGGCAACCAACCAUGAACAUUUUUUCGCCAGACAUUCCAUAUCUCUAUAACGUACAUCAACUAACAAUCAAGUGCUUUAUUUCUUACUACAGAUCCACCUGAGUUCUCCGAACAUCCACAGAAUGGGACAGUACUCGAAGGAUUAAAUGUGGCCUUUUCAUGUAAUGCAAGUGGCAAUCCCUCACCAAAAUUCUCAUGGACCAAAAAUGGAUCUCCUAUCAAUAUCACUGACAAUGCUAGAAUCAGUUUAUCACAGGACAACAAACAGCUGAACAUCACCAAUGUAAACAGGGUGGACAGUGGGGAAUACAAAUGUGUGGCGAACAACAGUGUUGGUGCAGUUAAUUCCAGUGCUGCCUUUCUUACAGUUCAAUGUAAGAAUACUUUUACUUAUUUACUUGCGCCUAACUGUGUACUAGUAAGGGUGCAUCACGCGGCGAGAUUCUCUUUCCAAUAUCUACCAAUAUAUAAACACAACAAAAUUCCCUUCUCGUAGAUAUCACCAGUAAAGUCUAAAUUCAACAUCACAUUCCUUAGUAAUAAGAGAGGUUAAAAAAGAUGGGUAUCAUUAGAAAUCUAUUCUAAUAACCUUUCUUAUUUCAUUCUACGUUUAAAUUAGAAGCCAUGUACCAACUCAAAAAUUGGCAAAACGUUCUUUUCAUAGUUUUAUAACUUACCACCUUGUACAGGCCAACACCUGUCCCCUUCUUCUUUCCAUUCCUGUUGUGGACCAAGAAAGGGACCUACUGUGGAAUUAAAAAUCUUCUAGCAUAUCUUUGUUUCAUCUAGUGUGUUAUUUUUUUGUUUUUUUGUUGUUGUUGUUUUUAUGGGUAGUGAAGAAUUCAAUUUUUUUUUAGUAGUAGUCGUUUUAACUACUCUUAACUCAAGAAAAUACCUAAACUUCUUCAUUAGAACCAGUUAUUCUACAUUUUUUCGUUGUUUUGCCAAAUAUUGAAAUAUUAGUCUAGGGCGAUAUAUUUGCAGGUCAAAAGAAGUCAUUGAUAAUUAUUUCCUUUUUAAAGUUGCAGUAUUUCAAACUAGCUACUCAGUUUUACCUCAGAGAUAUCAUUUAACAGUGAAACCUAUAUCUCUUAACAAAUGACUACUUUUCCUCUUAACACAGAUCAACCUGAGAUCUCAGAACAUCCACAGAACCAGAUAGUACUGGAAGGCUUGAAUGUAUCAUUUUUAUGUAAUGCAAGUGGCAAUCCUACGCCGACAUUCUCUUGGACCAUAAAUGGAUCUCCUGUAAAUUCUACUUCCAAUCCAAGGAUCACUUUCUCAGCAUAUAACAAACAACUAACAAUAACGACUGUCAAGAGAACAGACGGUGGAGAAUACAAAUGUUUGGCUAGCAACAGUGUUAAUACAGUAACCUCUACUGGUGCCUUUCUUAUAGUUCAAUGUAAGGAAUCUUUCACUUUUUUCCUACGAUGAACUCUGUACAUCAGUAGGAGCGUAUUACGUGCCGAGAUCGUCUGUCAUUAAACUGGACUGUAUCAUAACAUGAUGAAAUUACGUGAUCAUUUAAAUUACAAGUGGACUUCUCCACCAAAACAAUGUCUGCUAAUAUUGAACAUUAAAUACGCUGGAUGAUUCAUGAAAACGCUUUUGACGAUGUUUUUUUAAGAGCGCAAAAUGCAUUGUAGGCAAUAAUAAUAUCGUUUGUUUUAUGAUUAAGAUGGCAACCAACCACGAACAUAUUUUCGACUGACAUUUCAUAUCUCUAAGACGUACAUCAACUAACAAUCAAGUGCUUUAUUUCUUACUACAGAUCCAUCGGAGUUCUCGGAACAUCCACAGAAUCAGACAGUACUUGAAGGUUUAAAUGUGGCUUUUUCAUGUAAUGCAAGUGGCAAUCCCUCACCAAAAUUCUCAUGGACCAAAAAUGGAUCUCCUAUAAAUACCACUGACAAUGCUAGAAUCAGUUUAUCAGCAGGCAACAAACAACUGAACAUAACCAAUGUAAACAGGGUGGACAGUGGGGAAUACAGAUGUGUGGCUAACAACAGUGUUGGUGCAGUUAAUUCCAGUGCUGCAUUUCUUACAGUUCAAUGUAAGACUACUUUCACUCAUUUACUUAAGCCCAACUGUUUACUAGUAAGGGUGUAUCACGCGGCGAGAUUCUCUUUCGAAUAUCUACCAAUAUGAAGACACAACAAAAUUCACUUGUCGUAGAUAUCACCAGUAAAGUCUAAAUUCAACAUCGAAUUCCUUAGUAAUAUGAGAGGUUAAAAAAGAUGGUUAUCACUAGAAGUCUAUUCUAAUAACCUGCGUAUUUCAUUCUUCGUUUAAAUUAGAAGGGAUGUACCAAUUGCAUAAUUCGCAGAACGUUCUUUCCAUAGUUUUGAGAUUUAACGUCUUCCACAGGCUAAAAAAUGUCCUGCUUUUCUUUACAUUCCUGUUAUUAACUAGAAAAAGGACCUACUGCAGGAUUAAGAAUGUCCUAACAUAUAUUUGUUUAAUGUAGUUUUUUGCUUUUUGUUUCGUUUUUUUUUAUGAGAAUUGACGAAUUUAAGUCUUGUUUUUUUGAGUAGUAGUUGUUUUAACUACUCUUAACUCUAGAAAGCACCUUGAUUUCUUCAUUAGAAUCACUUAAUAUUCUACAUUUUCUCGUUGUUUUGCCAAAUAUUGAAAUAUUAGUUGAGGGCGAUAUAUCUGCAGGUCAAAAGUCGUCAUUAAUAAUUAUUUCUUUUUAAAAUUUUAGUAUUUAAAAACUAGCUAUUCAGUUUUACUUCAGAGAUAUCAUUUAACAGUGAAAUCUAUAUCUCGUAACAAAUGAAUACUUUUCCUCUUAACACAGAUCAACCUGAGAUCUCAGAACAUCCCCAGAACCAGAUAGUACUGGAAGGCUUGAAUGUAUCAUUUUUAUGUAAUGCAAGUGGCAAUCCUACGCCGACAUUCUCUUGGACCAUAAAUGGAUCUCCUGUAAAUUCUACUUCCAAUCCAAGGAUCACUUUCUCAGCAUAUAACAAACAACUAACAAUAACGACUGUCAAGAGAACAGACGGUGGAGAAUACAAAUGCUUGGCUAGCAACAGUGUUAACACAGUAACCUCUACUGCUGCCUCUCUUAUAGUUCAAUGUAAGGAAUCUUUCACUUUUUUGCUACGUUGAAAUCUGUACAUCAGUAGAAGCGUAUUAUGUGACGAGAUCGUCUGUCGUUAAACUGGAUAUAUCAUAUCAUGAUGAAAUUACCUGAUCAUUUAAAUUAAAAGUGGACUUCUCCACAAAAACAAUGUCUGCUAAUAUUGAACAUUAAAUAUGUCGGAUGAUUCAUGAAAAAGCUUUUGACGAUGUUUUUUUAAGAGCAAAAAUGCAUUGCAAAAUGCAUCGUUUGUUUUAUGAUGAAGAUGGCAACCAACCAUGAACAUUUUUUCGCCAGACAUUUCAUAUCUCUAAGAACGUACAUCAACUAACAAUCAAGUGCUUUAUUUCUUACUACAGAUCCAUCUGAGUUCUCCGAACAUCCACAGAAUGGGACAGUACUCGAAGGAUUAAAUGUGGCCUUUUCAUGUAAUGCAAGUGGCAAUCCCUCACCAAAAUUCUCAUGGACCAAAAAUGGAUCUCCUAUCAAUAUCACUGACAAUGCUAGAAUCAGUUUAUCACAGGACAACAAACAACUAAACAUCACCAAUGUAAACAGGGUGGACAGUGGGGAAUACAAAUGUGUGGCGAACAACAGUGUUGGUGCAGUUAAUUCCAGUGCUGCCUUUUUACAGUUCAAUGUAAGAAUACUUUUACUUAUUUACUUGCGCCUAACUGUGUACUUGUAAGGGUGCAUCACGCGGCGAGAUUCUCUUUCCAAUAUCUACCAAUAUAUAAACACAACAAAAUUCCCUUCUCGUAGAUAUCACCAGUAAAGUCUAAAUUCAACAUCACAUUCCCUAGUAAUAAGAGAGGUUAAAAAAGAUGGGUAUCAUUAGAAAUCUAUUCUAAUAACCUUUCUUAUUUCAUUCUACGUUUAAAUUAGAAGCCAUGUACCAACUCAAAAAUUCGCAAAACGUUCUUUUCAUAGUUUUAUGACUUACCACCUUGUACAGGCCAACACCUGUCCCCUUCUUCUUUCCAUUCCUGUUGUGGACCAAAAAAGGGACCUACUGUGGAAUUAAAAAUCUUCUAGCAUAUCUUUGUUUCAUCUAGUGUGUUAUUUUUUUGUUUUGUUUUUUGUUUUUGUUGUUUUUAUGGGUAGUGAAGAAUUCAAGUUUUUUUUAGUAGUAGUCGUUUUUACUACUCUUAACUGAAGAAAAUACCUAAACUUCUUCAUUAGAACCAGUUAUUCUACAUUUUUUCGUUGUUUUGCCAAAUAUUGAAAUAUUAGUCUAGGGCGAUAUAUCUGCAGGUCAAAAGAAGUCAUUGAUAAUUAUUUCCUUUUUAAAGUUGCAGUAUUUCAAACUAGCUAAUCAGUUUUACCUCAGAGAUAUCAUUUAACAGUGAAACCUAUAUCUCUUAACAAAUGAGUACUUUUCCUUUUAACACAGAUCAACCUGAGAUCUCAGAACAUCCACAGAACCAGAUAGUACUGGAAGGCUUGAAUGUAUCAUUUUUAUGUAAUGCAAGUGGCAAUCCUACGCCCACAUUCUCUUGGACCAUAAAUGGAUCUCCUGUAAAUACUACUUCCAAUCCAAGAAUCACUUUCUCAGCAUAUAACAAACAACUAACAAUAACGACUGUCAAAAGAACAGACGGUGGAGAAUACAAAUGUUUGGCUAGCAACACUGUUAACACAGUAACCUCUACUGCUGCCUCUCUUACAGUUCAAUGUAAGGAAUCUUUCACUUUUUUCCUACGUUGAACUCUGUACAUCAGUAGAAGCGUAUUAUGUGACGAGAUCGUCUGUCGUUAAACUGGAUAUAUCACGACAUGAUGGAAUUACCUGAUCAUUCAUAAUACAAGUGGACUUCUCCACGAAAAAAACCUCUGUUAAUAUCAAACAUUAAAUACGCCGGAUGAUUCAUGAAAACGCUUUUGACGAUAUUAUUUUAAGAUCGCAAAAUGCAUUGUAGGCAAUAAUCAUUUACUUAAUUUUACGAUGAAGAUGGCAACCAACUAUGAAGAUUCUUUCGCCAGACACUGCAUGCCUCCAAAACGUACAUCACGUGACACUCAAGUGCUUUAUUUCUUACUACAGAUCCAUCUGGGUUCUCCGAACAUCCACAGAAUCAGACAGUACUUGAAGGUUUAAAUGUGGCCUUUUCAUGUGAUGCAAGUGGCAAUCCCACACCAAAAUUCUCAUGGACCAAAAAUGGAUCUCCUAUAAAUACCACUGACAAUGCUAGAAUCAGUUUAUCAGCAGGCAACAGACAACUCAACAUAACCAACGUGAACAGGGUGGACAGUGGGGAAUACAGAUGUGUGGCUAGCAACAGCGUUGGUGCAGUUAAUUCCAGUGCUGCCUUUCUUACAGUUCAAUGUAAGACUACUUUCACUCAUUUACUUCAGCCGAACUGUGUACUAGUAAGGGUGUAUGAAGCGGCGAGAUUCUCUUUCGAAUAUCUACCAAUAUAAAAACACAACAAAAUUUAAUUAUCGUAGAUAUAACCAGUAAGGUCUAAAUUCAACAUCACAUUCCCUAGUAAUACGAGAGGUUAAAAAAGAUGGGUAUCACUAGAAGACUAUUCUAAUUACCUGCGUCAUGCACUUUAUUCUACGUUCAAAUUAGAAGUGAUGUAAAAGAAGAAUAAUUUACAGCACGUUCAUUUCAGAGUUUUAAGAUUUACCACUUUGCACAGGUUAACAAAUGUCCCUUUUUUCUCUCCAUUCCUGUUGUGAACCAACGAAGGGACCUACUGCAAAAUCAAAAAUGUCCUAGCAUAUUUUUGUUUAAUCUAGUGUGUUUUUAUUGUUUUGUUUUUUGUUUUUAUGGGAAGUGAAGAAUUCAAGUAUUGUUUUGUUUUGUUUUGUUUUUUUUAAAGUAGUAGUCGUUUUAACUACUCUUAACUCUAGAAAAUAGCUAAAUUUCUUCAGUAGAAUUAGUUAUUCUACAUUUUUUCGUUGUUUUGCCAAAUAUUGAAAUAUUAUUCUAGGGCGAUAUAUCUGUAGGUCACAACUCGUAAUUAAUGAUCAUUUCUUUUUUAAAGUUGCAGUAUUUCAAACUAGCUAAUCAGUUGUACCUCAGAGAUAUCAUUUAACAGUGAAACCUAUAUCUCUUAACAAAUGAGUACUUUUCCUCUUAACACAGAUCAACCUGAGAUGUCCGAACAUCCACAGAAUCAGAUAGUACUGGAAGGCUUGAAUGUAUCAUUUUUAUGUAAUGCAAGUGGCAGUCCUACGCCGACAUUCUCUUGGACCAUAAAUGGAUCUCCUGUAAAUACUACUUCCAAUCCAAGAAUCACUUUCUCAGCAUAUAACAGACAACUAACAAUAACGACUGUAAAGAGAACAGACAGUGGAGAAUACAAAUGUUUGGCUAGCAACAGUGUCAAGACAGUAAACUCUACUGCUGCCUUUCUUAUAGUUCAAUGUAAGGAAGCCUUCACCAUUUUCCAAACGUUUACCUCUGUACAUCUGUAGAAGCAUAUUAGGUGCCGAGAUCGUCUAUCGUUAUACCAAAUCUAUCACCACAUAAUGAAAUUACGUUAUUAUUUAGAAUACAAGUCGACUUCUCCACGAAAGAAAUAUCUGCUAACAUCAAACAUUAAAUACGCCGGAUGAUUUCUUAAAUCUCUUAUGACCAUGCUUUUUUAAGAUUGCAAAGUGCAUUGUAGGCAAUAAUCAUUUACUUAGUUUUACGAUGAAGAUGGCAACCAUUAAGAUUUUUUCGCCAGACACUGCAUGCCUCCAAAACGUACAUCACGUGACAAUCAAGUACUUUAUUUUUUACUACAGAUCCAUCUGAGUUCUCCGAACAUCCACAGAAUCGGACAGUACUCGAAGGAUUAAAUGUGGCGUUAUCAUGUAAUGCAAGUGGCAAUCCCACACCAAAAUUCUCAUGGACCAAAAAUGGAUCUCCUAUAAAUACCACUGACAAUGCUAGAAUCAGUUUAUCAGCAGGCAACAGACAACUCAACAUAACCAACGUGAACAGGGUGGACAGUGGGGAAUACAGAUGUGUGGCUAACAACAGCGUUGGUGCAGUUAAUUCCAGUGCUGCCUUUCUUACAGUUCAAUGUAAGACUACUUUCACUCAUUUACUUAAGCCCAACUGUGUACUAGUAAGGGUGUAUGAAGCGGCGAGAUUCUCUUUCGAAUAUCUACCAAUAUAAAAACACAACAAAAUUUAAUUAUCGUAGAUAUAACCAGUAAGGUCUAAAUUCAACAUCACAUUCCCUAGUAAUACGAGAGGUUAAAAAAGAUGGGUAUCACUAGAAGACUAUUCUAAUUACCUGCGUCAUGCACUUUAUUCUACGUUCAAAUUAGAAGUGAUGUAAAAGAAGAAUAAUUUACAGCACGUUCAUUUCAGAGUUUUAAGAUUUACCACCUUGCACAGGUUAACAAAUGUGCCUUUUUUCUCUCAAUUCCUGUUGUGAACCAACAAAGGGACCUACUGAACAAUGAAAAAUGUUCUAGCAUAUAUUUUUUUAAUCUAGUGUGUUUUUUUUUGUGUUGUUAUUUGUUUUUACGGGCAGUGAAGAAUUCAAGUAUUGUUAUUUUUUUUUUAAGUAGUAGUCGUUUUAACUACUCUUAACUCUAGAAAGCACCUUAAUUUCUUCAUUAGAAUCAGUUAUUCUACAUUUUUUCGUUGUUUUGCCAAAUAUUGAAAUAUUAGCUUAGGGCGAUAUAUCUGCAGGUCAAAAGUCGUCAUUAAUAAUUAUUUCCUUUUAAAAUUUUAGUUUUUAAAAACUAGCUAUUCAGUUUUACUUCAGAGAUAUCUUUUAACAGUGGAACCUAUAUCUCUUAACAAAUGAGUACUUUUCCUCUUAACACAGAUCAACCUGAGAUGUCCGAACAUCCACAGAAUCAGAUAGUACUGGAAGGCUUGAAUGUAUCAUUUUUAUGUAAUGCAAGUGGCAGUCCUACGCCGACAUUCUCUUGGACCAUAAAUGGAUCUCCUGUAAAUACUACUUCCAAUCCAAGAAUCACUUUCUCAGCAUAUAACAGACAACUAACAAUAACGACUGUAAAGAGAACAGACAGUGGAGAAUACAAAUGUUUGGCUAGCAACAGUGUCAAGACAGUAAACUCUACUGCUGCCUUUCUUAUAGUUCAAUGUAAGGAAGCCUUCACCAUUUUCCAAACGUUUACCUCUGUACAUCUGUAGAAGCAUAUUAGGUGCCGAGAUCGUCUAUCGUUAUACCAAAUCUAUCACCACAUAAUGAAAUUACGUUAUUAUUUAGAAUACAAGUCGACUUCUCCACGAAAGAAAUAUCUGCUAACAUCAAACAUUAAAUACGCCGGAUGAUUUCUUAAAUCUCUUAUGACCAUGCUUUUUUAAGAUUGCAAAGUGCAUUGUAGGCAAAAAUCAUUUACUUAGUUUUACGAUGAAGAUGGCAACCAUUAAGAUUUUUUCGCCAGACACUGCAUGCCUCCAAAACGUACAUCACGUGACAAUCAAGUACUUUAUUUUUUACUACAGAUCCAUCUGAGUUCUCCGAACAUCCACAGAAUCGGACAGUACUCGAAGGAUUAAAUGUGGCGUUAUCAUGUAAUGCAAGUGGCAAUCCCACACCAAAAUUCUCAUGGACCAAAAAUGGAUCUCCUAUAAAUACCACUGACAAUGCUAGAAUCAGUUUAUCAGCAGGCAACAAACAACUGAACAUAACCAAUGUGAAGAGGGUGGACAGUGGGGAAUACAAAUGUGUAGCUAACAACAGUGUUGGUGCAGUUAAUUCCAGUGCUGCCUUUCUUACAGUUCAAUGUAAGACUAUUUUCACUCAUUUACUUAAGCCCAACUGUGUAAUAAAAAGGGUGUAUCACGCGGCGAGAUUCUCUUUCGAAUAUCUACCAAUAUGAAGACACAACAAAAUUCACUUGUCGUAGAUAUAACCAAUGAAGUCUAAAUUCAACAUUAAAUUCCUUAGUAAUAAGAGAGGUUAAAAAAGGUGGUUAUCACUAGAAGUCUAUUCUAAUAACCUGCGUCAUGCACUUUAUUCUACGUUCAAAUUAGAAGGGAUGUACCAAUUGAAUAAUUUACAGCACGUUCAUUUCAGAGUUUUAAGAUUUACCACCUUGCACACGCUAACACGUCCCCUUCUUCUUUCUAUUCCUGUUGUGAACCAAAAAAGGGACCUACUGCAGAAUCAAAAAUGUCCUAGCAUAUUUUUGUUUAAUCUAGUGUGUUUUUAUUGUUUUGUUUUUUGUUUUUAUGGGAAGUGAAAAAUUCAAGUAUUGUUUUGUUUUUUUUUAAGUAGUAGUCGUUUUAACUACUCUUAACUCUAGACAAUAGCUAAAUUUCUUGAUUACAAUUAGUUAUUCUACAUUUUUUCGUUGUUUUGCCAAAUAUUAAAAUAUUAGUCUAGGGCGAUAUAUCUGUAGGUCACAACCCGUAAUUAAUAUUUAUUUCCUUUUAAAAUUUUAGUAUUUAAAAACUAGCUAUUCAGUUUUACCUCAGAGAUAUUAUUUCACAGUGAAACCUGUAUCUCUUAACAAAUGACUACUUUUCCUCUUAACACAGAUCAACCUGAGAUCUCCGAACAUCCACAGAAUCAGAUAGUACUGGAAGGCUUGAAUGUAUCAUUUUUAUGUAAUGCAAGUGGCAAUCCUAUGCCAACAUUCUCUUGGACCAUAAAUGGAUCUCCUGUAAAUGCCACUUCCAAUCCAAGAAUCACUUUCUCAGCAUAUAACAAACAACUAACAAUAACGACUGUAAAGAGAACAGACAGUGGAGAAUACAAAUGUUUGGCUAGCAACAGUGUCAAGACAGUAAACUCUACUGCUGCCUUUCUUAUAGUUCAAUGUAAGGAAGCCUUCACCAUUUUCCAAACGUUUACCUCUGUACAUCUGUAGAAGCAUAUUAGGUGCCGAGAUCGUCUGUCGUUAAACCAAAUCUAUCACCACAUAAUGAAAUUACGUUAUUAUUUAGAAUACAAGUCGACUUCUCCACGAAAGAAAUAUCUGCUAACAUCAAACAUUAAAUACGCCGGAUGAUUUCUUAAAUCUCUUAUGACCAUGCUUUUUUAAGAUCGCAAAAUGCAUUGUAGGCAAUAAUCAUUUACUUAAUUUUACGAUGAAGAUGGCAACCAACUAUGAAGAUUCUUUCGCCAGACAUUGCAUAUCUCUAAAACGUAGAUCAUGUGACAAUCAAGUGCUUUAUUUCUUACUACAGAUCCAUCUGAGUUCUCUGAACAUCCACAGAAUCAGACAGUACUUGAAGGUUUAAAUGUGGCCUUUUCAUGUGAUGCAAGUGGCAAUCCCACACCAAAAUUCUCAUGGACCAAAAAUGGAUCUCCUAUAAAUACCACUGACAGUGCUAGAAUCAGUUUAUCAGCAGGCAACAAACAACUGAACAUAACCAAUGUGAACAGGUUGGACAGUGGGGAAUACAGAUGUGUGGCUAACAACAGUGUUGGUGCAGUUAAUUCCAGUGCUGCCUUUCUUACAGUUCAAUGUAAGACUACUUUCACUCAUUUACUUCAGCCCAACUGUGUACUAGUAAGGGUGUAUGAAGCGGCGAGAUUCUCUUUCGAAUAUCUACCAAUAUAAAAACACAACAAAAUUUAAUUAUCGUAGAUAUAACCAGUAAAGUCUAAAUUCAACAUCACAUUCCCUAGUAAUACGAGAGGUUAAAAAAGAUGGGUAUCACUAGAAGACUAUUGUAAUUACCUGCGUCAUGCACUUUAUUGUACGUUCAAAUUAGAAGUGAUGUAAAAAAAGAAUAAUUUACAGCACGUUCAUUUCAGAUUUUUAAGAUUUACCACCUUGCACAGGCUAACAAAUGUCCCUUUUUUCUCUCAAUCUCUGUUGUGAACCAACAAAGGGACCUACUGAACAAUGAAAAAUGUUCUAGCAUAUAUUAUUUUAAUCUAGUGUGUUUUUUUUGUGUUGUUUUUUGUUUUUACGGGCAGGGAAGAAUUCAAGUAUUGUUAUUUUUUUUAAGUAGUAGUCGUUUUAACUACUCUUAACUCUAGAAAGCACCUUAAUUUCUUCAUUAGAAUCAGUUAUUCUACAUUUUUUUGUUGUUUUGCCAAAUAUUGAAAUAUUAGCUUAGGGCGAUAUAUCUGGAGGUCAAAAGUCGUCAUUAAUAAUUAUUUCCUUUUAAAAUUUUAGUUUUUAAAAACUAGCUAAUCAGUUUUAAUUCAGAGAUAUCAUUUAACAGUGGAACCUAUAUCUCUUAACAAAUGAGUACUUUUCCUCUUAACACAGAUCAACCUGAGAUCUCCGAACAUCCACAGAAUCAGAUAGUACUGGAAGGCUUGAAUGUAUCAUUUUUAUGUAAUGCAAGUGGCAAUCCUACGCCGAAAUUCUCUUGGACCAUAAAUGGAUCUCCUGUAAAUACCACUUCCAAUCGAAGAAUCACUUUUUCAGCAUAUAACAAAGAACUAGCAAUAACGACUGUAAAGAGAACAGACGGUGGAGAAUACAAAUGUUUGGCUAGCAACAGUGUUAAGACAGUAAACUCUACUGCUGCCUUUCUUAUAGUUCAAUGUAAGGAAGCCUUCACCAUUUUCCAAACGUUUACCUCUGUACAUCUGUAGAAGCAUAUUAGGUGCCGAGAUCGUCUAUCGUUAUACCAAAUCUAUCACCACAUAAUGAAAUUACGUUAUUAUUUAGAAUACAAGUCGACUUCUCCACGAAAGAAAUAUCUGCUAACAUCAAACAUUAAAUACGCCGGAUGAUUUCUUAAAUCUCUUAUGACCAUGCUUUUUUAAGAUUGCAAAGUGCAUUGUAGGCAAUAAUAAUUUAAUUAGUUUUAAGAUGAAGAUGGCAGCUAACGAUUAACAUUUUUUUCGCCAUACAUUGCAUGCCUCCAAAACGUACAUCAUCUGACAAUGAAAUGCUUUAUUUGUUACUACAGAUCCAUCUGAGUUCUCCGAACAUCCACAGAAUCGGACAGUACUCGAAGGAUUAAAUGUGGCGUUAUCGUGUAAUGCAAGUGGCAAUCCCACACCAAAAUUCUCAUGGACCAAAAAUGGAUCUCCUAUAAAUACCACUGACAAUGCUAGAAUCAGUUUAUCAGCAGGCAACAAACAACUGAACAUAACCAAUGUGAACAGGUUGGACAGUGGGGAAUACAGAUGUGUGGCUAACAACAGUGUUGGUGCAGUUAAUUCCAGUGCUGCCUUUCUUACAGUUCAAUGUAAGACUACUUUCACUCAUUUACUUCAGCCCAACUGUGUACUAGUAAGGGUGUAUGAAGCGGCGAGAUUCUCUUUCGAAUAUCUACCAAUAUAAAAACACAACAAAAUUUAAUUAUCGUAGAUAUAACCAGUAAAGUCUAAAUUCAACAUGACAUUCCCUAGUAAUACGAGAGGUUAAAAAAGAUGGGUAUCACUAGAAGACUAUUGUAAUUACCUGCGUCAUGCACUUUAUUCUACGUUCAAAUUAGAAGUGAUGUAAAAAAAGAAUAAUUUACAGCACGUUCAUUUCAGAUUUUUAAGAUUUACCACCUUGCACAGGCUAACAAAUGUCCCUUUUUUCUCUCAAUCUCUGUUGUGAACCAACAAAGGGACCUACUGAACAAUGAAAAAUGUUCUAGCAUAUAUUAUUUUAAUCUAGUGUGUUUUUUUUGUGUUGUUUUUUGUUUUUACGGGCAGGGAAGAAUUCAAGUAUUGUUAUUUUUUUUAAGUAGUAGUCGUUUUAACUACUCUUAACUCUAGAAAGCACCUUAUAUUCUUCAUUAGAAUCAGUUAUUCUACAUUUUUUCGUUGUGCCAAAUAUUGAAAUAUUAGCUUAGGGCGAUAUAUCUGGAGGUCAAAAGUCGUCAUUAAUAAUUAUUUCCUUUUAAAAUUUUAGUUUUUAAAAACUAGCUAAUCAGUUUUAAUUCAGAGAUAUCAUUUAACAGUGAAACCUAUAUCUCUUAACAAUUGAGUACUUUUGUUCUUAACACAGAUCAACCAGAGAUCUCAGAACAUCCACAGAACCAGAUAGUACUGGAAGGCUUGAAUGUAUCAUUUUUAUGUAAUGCAAGUGGUAAUCCUACGCCAACAUUCUCUUGGACCAUAAAUGGAUCUCCUGUAAAUGCCACUGUCAAUUCAAGAAUCAGUUUCUCAGCAGAUAACAAAGAACUAACAAUAACGACUGUGAAGAGAACAGACGGUGGAGAAUACAAAUGUUUGGCUAGCAACAGUGUUAGCACAGUAACCUCUACGGCUGCCUCUCUUAUAGUUCAAUGUAAGGAAACUUUUACUUACGUAAGUUUAAUUCUGUGCAUCAGUAAAAGUCUUUUAUGCUCCUAGAUCUUUAGUCGUUAAAGAAACCUAUCUGUUACCUGUGGAGUCCCCGUUAAACGGAAUGUCUUUUGAUACAGAAUAUUUAGAAAGCUGGAUGGUUCAUUAAAUUAUUCUUACGGUAAUUAGUUUUCAGAUCGCAGCUUUACAUUGUAUGUAAAAAUCAUUUAAUUAGUUCCACGGUUUUUAGCAACUACGUACAUUUUUUUCGUCAGACAUCGUUUUUCUUUGAAACGUAUAGAGCGAUUUUCCCAUUACCUUGAAAAGUGUCUUCGGCAGGUGUUCUUUAUUUGUUUUAUCAGCCAAUGGAUGGAAAGAUCAAAACAUCGACUCUUCGUUUUCCCGUCAAAGAAAACCCUACUAUGGAGAAGGAAUUGUUCGAUUGGCCAAUCGCGUUGUAGUAUGACGUCAAAACGAAGGAUCGGUUGAUUUUUAAGUUUUUUCAGCCGAGGGUUCGCUUAACAAACCAAAAGCCACGCGCGUUUGUAUCCAUUCAACAAACCAAUCAAAUCGCUCUAUUUCCGUUAGUUUGUUGUUGUUUUUUCUGUAUUGUUCGCGAGUUUUCAUUUCAUGUGACAAGGAAAUCUUUCUUCGUUUAUACGGGUUUUUCUCCAUAUCACUCAGAUCACCGUUUUUUAUUUUAGUUAGCGGUACAUAAAAAGAAAAAAAAAAGAUAUGAGAAUUUAUGUUGAGAGCGUUAAAUAAAACUAUUACCUUAAAGCUAGGGUAAUUAAAUAAAAAUCUGUGGUCUGUAAACAUUUUUAGAUCUGCACUCCCUUUCACCACUAUUUACAAUUAGACCACUUCCAAUGCACGUAGUAGACUCGUUACGUAAUUUUUCGCUCUUUUGAAACCAUAACACAUAAAUCAUCAAUUGCUUUAGUUUGUUGAGGUUUCUUUUCUGUUAUUUUCUUUGUACAGUCAACUCUCGCCUUGCGGACACUCCGCUAUAACAGACACCCUCAUAAUAAUGACAGCAGCUAAAUUCUCGGCAAAAACAAAUUACAGACGUUUGACUGAAAUAAACUCCCGCUAUUACGGACUCUCGCUAAUGAGGACAUUAACUCGAGGUCCCUACAGUGUCCGCUAUAAAGGGAGUUGACUGUAAUUUGUUGCAUAAUUCACCGCUGUAAAACAGUAUUUAAAUAAAUAGUAAAUAAAUAAAUAAAUGAUGACGUAAGAGUAGCACAUCCACAAAGUGUUCUUCGUCCACCUGAUUCCUGGUGGAAUUAGAAUUUGGAAAUGUUGGUUUUUGAGGAGAGGGGAAAACCGGAGUACCCGGAGAAAAACCUCUCGGAGCAAAGGAGAGAACCAACAACAAACUCAAUCCACAUAUGGUGUCGACAACGGGAUUUGAACCCGGGCCACAUUGGUGAAGGUCCUGAGAUCGAAAUGUUCUAGCUAAAGUUUUAAAUUUUGUAACCAAAAGUUGUCUAUUUCCAGUCUCUGUUUUAACUACAGAUUUUACUAUUUUUACGCAACUGGUCUAAGAAUCAAAAUUUUCUAUCCUUUUGGUUACAAUAACUUGCGUUAGUAUAGCCUAGAAAGCACAUUAUAAUCAUCAUUAAGCUACUGUCAAGUCGAUUAAACAACGGGAAGGUACUCAUUUACAACAGUCUUUUUCAUUAAAUUUACUUAUAAUGGUCAGUGUGAAUUGGACACGGUAGGUGACCUAAGAAUUUGCUGGCCUGUUUUUCGCCGUUAAUUAAUGAGUACAGUAUUCUUUUUGUUUUUUUGUUUUUUUUUUGUAGUUGCACCAAGUCAGCCAGAGAAUGUGGUAGUUCUUUCUAAGAGCUCGCGAGUCGUAAAUAUCUCUUGGACACCUGGUUUUAGUGGCAACAGUGAUAUUCGAAACUACACUGUUGAGAUCAGUAGAGAUACUGUAACGUUUGCAGAGGCUAGAUGUGAAGGGCUGUCAAGUAGUGGAUGUGUGGUAUCUAACUCCUCCACAAGUGCUUCUCUUGUAGACCUACAUCCUGGAAGGACAUAUUACAUACGGGUGUUUGCUACUAACAGAGUUGGUUUCAGUACUCCCAGCUUAGUAAUCACCACAACCACAGAUGAAGAAGGUACUUUUUGAAUAAAAUUGCUCAGCUGCUUUUAAGGUUCUGGUAAAAUAAGUUACUAACGUUGUACGUGUAACUUAAUUUACAUGUUUGUAUGUAAAUUAAAUUAAGUUAUGGUCACUGCUUUAGAAUUUGUACAGUUCUUUAAAAGGUUUUGCAAUGUAGUUAAUAUGUGGUUAAAGAGUGUUUUGGACUUUCAGCAUGUCCUUUGUUUUCUCCAGACCUAAAGCACACCUUUUUUAAUUUUUUCCCCUAAAAUACUACAGAACAACAAACAAGAAUUCAGCAAUCUUUCAGUAGCAGGAACUUUCCGAUAAUUACUGAGGACUGAAAAACAUUUUUCUGUCUCGAUAGGACAUUAUUGUCUGACCUGAUAAAGCUGUACCAUUUACAGUGUAAGUCGGACAAACCAGAAAGACUGAGACAGGCAUAUAUUAAUGCUUAUCUCCAAUAUUUUCAAAAUGAUAGUCCCUGGUAACAUCUAAUCUGCCCAGUCAUAAUGUCCUAGCACGAGUGGGAAUUAGGUCGGACAUGACUAAAUUUACUCACGUGUUAAAAACAUGGUAGCAGGUAGAUGAAUAUUUUUAGGCUGGUUUUAAGGCAUGUGCUAUGGGUUUUGGAAAAAAAUAAUAUUUUGGUGUUGUUGUUAUUGCAGUACCAAAUGCUCCCCCAGCUAAUAUCACAGGAAACAACAUAACGUCUACCAGCAUUUUUGUUCAGUGGCAUGAAGUACCAGCAGAUAAUCAAAAUGGUAUUAUAGUGAAUUAUACAAUCACCUACACAGAGGUGCCCAGUGGUAAUUCAAGAAAGGAGAUAGUGAUUGCUCCAAGCACAAAUGUUACGUUGACAGGAUUGAAAAUAUUUACCAACUACAGCAUCACAGUGUUUGCAUCUACUGCCAAGGGGGGUGGAAACAGAAGUGUACCUAUUAUUGUCAUUACAGAUGAAGACCGUAAGUACAAUUCUGGUGUUUAUUUGUUAUACAUCAGUUUCAGAUCUCUAGGAUUCAAACUGAAGAUCUCCAGUGCUUUUAAAAGUUGUUUUUCUUCUACUUUUUAUUCAUAUUGAAAUUUGAAACACUUUCUGAAAACACUUGCUUUGUGUCCUCUCUAAUAAAAAAUUAUAUGUGCAAAGCUGGUCUACAGUACCUUGACAAUUACAGUGCAGUUAUUAAAGUUGGGCAGUGCGUUUGCCUGUACAAGCUAUUGUUCUUCAUAGCCAGAAAUUUUGGACAACAUGGCUACCAACAUGGCCACAGGCAUGGGCAGAUAACACAAAAAGAGACUGAAUAUGGAAGAACAUAAAGGCAAUGUGAGAAAAUUUUUUCACCUUCUUAUAAAAGUAUGGGAUAUUUUUUUUACUUUCCUAUAAAAAAUGUAGGCUAAAUUUUUUACUUUCUUAUUUUUUUUGUAAUUUCCACCAAAAUGGCUACAUUCACAGCUUAGGAAUUGAGAAACCAAUGAUGAAACUAAAUUGUCAUCGAAAAAGAAAUGAAGUUUAUUUCACAGGAAAAAAUAACAGAUUUCCAUUUUUGGAUAUAUUUUCAGGGUAUUUAAAGAAUACCCACCAAAAUCCCAAAUUUGGAAGAGUGAGACAAGUCCUAUCCAGGGAACUUGGUUGGGAAUUCCCUGGUUGGGACUUGUCUUGGGAUUCUUAUGGGUAUUCUUUGAAUACCCUAAAAUAUCCAAUAAUGGAAUCUGUUAUUUUUUUCUUGUGAAUUUCAUUAAUUAUAGCCACUGCCUUUUAUGAUCAAAAUAACUCUAUACUACACAGACAAAUGAAGCUCUUACUAACCUCUUAAAACAGCGCUUACCUUCAUACUUCUCUAAGCGUGAGGAGAAAGAGUUCAUGUCCCGACAAGUUUUUGAAUUCCCAGCUUCCCAUCAAAACAUACAACGUUAAUCUUGUAAAAUAAACGUUUCUCUCUCGAAAAAACACAUCACUAAGGCACUGCCUUUUUACAACGAAAAUUAGGCUCUUUUGUAAGUGAAACCAAUGAAGAAUCGGAGCCAUCACUGAGGGAAAUAUCCUCCAGAGACAGUUUGUUUUCCGUCUGUUCGGUAGCUCUUCAGACGCCAUUUUUUUCCUACCUCGUUUCAACGGGUCAUCUGUAUUCCCUAGUACAACGGUAAGUACGUGGUGUAACCAUCAUAUAGUGGUCGGUGACUUUCGAGAAAAGGCGAGUAAGAGUUGUGGGGAAAAAUAAAUAAAUUUCAUAUAUGCCAUGUCCUCCGCUAACUCAAUACUCUUUCUAUUUCAUACAAAGGGCCUUUCUUUGACUCUUUCUUUGCUGACAUUCGAUUAUUUAGAAAACCUGCGGUGCUCACAUCAUUUAAAUCCUUGCCUUAUAAAAGCCCCUGCUUACUCUUUAUUUCGCUCUGACUUGUAGAGGAGCAAAAAAAAGGAGGAGAGAAGGUGAAAAUGUCUUUUGUGGUAAAACGAGCUUGCUUGCCUUCUUCCUCCUUAUUAAAUAUGCACACGGUUUGCGCGCCAAGAAUCAAUGAACCGGAACUAGAACAAUGACAGCGGCAAAAACAAACUUGCAUAAUUACGUUACGACUCACUGACGAGUUAGCGCUUAUUUCUUACACGCCAUGAAUUGACCACAACGUUUCUUAUUUUCUAAUCAACCAAUCGAAAACCAAGACAUUCACCGACCUUGAAGUAACAAGAAAACCUGCCAGGCCGGUUAAAUCACUUGAAAAUAGCACAUGACCGUAUCUUAAUGAAAUUCCUCCGCAUAAAGACAGAAGGCUAUGACGUCAUCGGCGCUAAUGUAUUCCCUGCAAGUUAAUGAGAUUCCCUCGCAAAAAAAGCGUUAAUUCGGUCCAAAUACCACUACUUAGGUAGGCGAAUAAGUUCAGAACUGAUUUUAAUGCAUGUGCUAUGAUUUUUUUGAAAAAUCGUUUGGGUGUUGUCGUUAUAUAAUUGCAGUACCAAAUGCUCCCCCAGCUAAUAUAACAGGAAACAACAUAACGUCUACCAGCAUUUUUGUUCAGUGGAAUGAAGUACCAGCAGACAAUCAAAAUGGCAUUAUAGUGUAUUAUACAAUCACCUACGCAGAGUUAUCCGCUGGUGAUUCAGGAACGAAGAUCGUUGUUGCUCCAAGAACAAAUGCUACAUUGACAGGAUUGAAAAAAUUUACCAACUACAGCAUUACAGUAUUUGCAUCUACUGCCAAGGGAGAUGGCAAUAGAAGUGAACCUAUUAUUAUCAUUACAGAUGAAGACCGUAAGUAGUGAAUUUCUGGUGUUCAUUAAUUUUGUUGAUAUGUAUUCAUUUCAGAUCUCUAGCCAUACAAAAUGCAGAUCACUACUUUUAAAAGUUGUUGUUGUUUUUUUUAAAUUUGUUUUGUUUCUUUUAUUCAUUACAAAAUGGUAAACACUUUAUCUUGAAGGGGAAAACACUGCUCUCGCAAAUUGUUCAUACAAAGCUGGCCUAGAGGAGCUUGACAAUUACAGCUGUGUAGUUUAGGCAUGGGCAUGUCUGUAGUAUUGCUCUCUUGCAUGACAAUCCUACAUUUAUUAGGAGCGGUUACACUAGACCUUUUCCCCAAAUUACCCAUUGCAGAAAUAGCUUGGGUUGGGUUCGCUCCGGGUUGUUAUCACUUUCAUGUUUGCCGUUACACAGCGAUAAAUUGCCCAAGGGGAAGAAAAAUCUUGAGCCCGGUUCGCUGUAACCGUUGAAGGCUGACAUAAAUCGUAAAAAGGCUUUGACCACUUUUAAUUUUACCUUUUUAAUAAAGAAAGAAAGAAAGGAAGAAAAGAAUUUUCAUCAACAUCAAGUAUAACCGUCUCAAUCUAGCUAUCCCAAUUUUUUUUUCCUGAUUUUUCUUCUUAGGUCCAAGCGGUUUUCCAUUGAAUCUAAGACCAGUGGAUACAUCUUUCAGCAGUAUUUUGGUCGCCUGGAGUGAAGUUCUCAGUGCAGACCAAAACGGUAUCAUAUUAACGUACACGGUUAGGUUCCAGGCGAUAGAAAGUGGGGGAGUAAAUUCAUCCACAUCAAUCAAUACAACAACAGUUGAUUCCCGUUUGCUGCAAGCCAAUCUGACGAAUCUUAAAAAUGACACGAAGUACAACAUCAGCAUUUUGGCGUCCACUAUUAAAGGAAAUGGACCCUAUAGUGACCCCGUCUUUGUUACAAGCAAUCAAAAGAGUAAGUCAGUUUCUAAUUAGCGUAGUGAUGAGGUGCAAACCUGAAGAGGGGGCAUCAUAUAUCUUAACUUGUAAACAUAAAGUGUCAUACGAUUCAUUACGCUUUCUAUCCUUUUAGUGACCAAUAUAUACUCAAUUAUAUGGAUCUCAUUCUUCCUUUAAGAAAAGCUUACGUAUUGGACUUCCUGAAACAUAUGAUGUACACGUCAUUUCUCAUAAAAACGUCUUGUCUCAGUAAACUGGAGAAAGAUAAGUGUGGUUUUGGCUUCAAAUGCAUUUCAUUUUAUUUAGCUUUACCCACGUAAAAGGACAAUGAUCUGUGAUACACAUUCUUAAUUCUUAUUUAUCAUUUUCUUUCUGUCCGUCUUCUUCCUCUUCCUCUUUCCUUAUUCCUUUCUUUCUUUCAAAGUAAUUCUUAUUUUAUCAGAGCCAAGUGCUGCUCCACAAAACGUACAAGGACGUCCAACGAGCUCGACUGAAAUCUUGGUCCAGUGGGACGAAGUGCCUGAAGACAAACAGAACGGUGAGAUUCUCCAAUACACAAUUCUAUACAGAAAGACAGAAGGAGGUGAGCAGAAAACAUCGCAAGUUAACAGUCGAAGUGUAAAGUUGACAGGACUCGCCAAGUACACAUUUUACAGCAUUAGCGUAGUAGCAGCCACAGUUAAAGGUGAUGGACCGGGCAGUUCUACAAUCACAGUUCGCACGGACGAAGAUAGUAAGUAUUUACAGGGGCAUCCUAGGUCAAAGAGCAUUUUACUUAACACCGUCUGAGUUCUAUGAAUAGUGCAAUUACCAGUUCACCUCCCGAUGCUGUAUGCAACCAAAUGAUUAUUAUGGGGGAUUAAAAAAAGAGCCAUCUAGGAGGUUUCAAGUGCAUUGCACUGUGAUAGCUAACACAUGGUACCAAGAUGUUUGUUGGAAACAUAUUUGUAAGGCAUGGAGCUUUUUAAAUGGUAGAUUUUAUUCUUUGCAGGGGCGUAGCCAGCCCAUAGACCUGUAGGACCGAGCCUACAAUUUUUUGGUUUCAUCGCUCUACCGCUUGUUAUAAAUUAUGCAUUGUUGGGAUGAGCUAUAGAGCUUAAGAGCUCAAAGUGUUGGUGAUCGGGACCAGUGCCCACUAGCCAGACAGACAGCCCUUAUUUUAGCACGAUGGUUUUAAAAGCUAUGCAGCUUAUGGGGUGGUGUAAUGCGAGCAAUUUCGGGAUACUGAGGAAAUGAAUAUCGGCCAGGUCUACAACUAGUCGAAAAGGUUGAAGGUUAUUGAUCACUCCAGGACUUAAAAGGAGGGGUCUUACCGCACUGACAACCAAUUGUGUAAUUUUGUUGUAGGCAGUUUUAAGUCUUUUGUUUGAAUCAUUAAUUCUUUAUUACCAAUAGCUCUAUCAAAAGCUUAUUGUUAUUUCCCAAUAGUUAUGACAUGAAUUGGUAUUGUGGGACUGAAAGGGUCAAACUUUGUUUACUCUUGAACUCCCAGAAGUGAUUGGAAUGUUAUUUCUCCUUACAAUAUCAAUACAUUGUCCAGCAUACAGGUGAUGAGAAUGGGCAAAUGUAUCAGCCAGUUGAUAUAUUCUUGAUGUAACCUCAAAUUCUCAAACUAAUGUACAAGGAUAUGUAUAGAAGCCAGAAGGAGAAUGACUAAUCAGAUAAGAUUUAAGCGACUCCCAUGUUACCCUUUAUUGUAGCACCUUCCGCGGCUCCUUUACUGAGCAAUGUGACUGCACUGAAUAGCACGAGUGUAUUGGUGGAAUGGGAACGCGUUCCUAAGGAGUCCAGGAAUGGCAUCAUUACUAAAUACACCAUAUACUAUAGGGACGAACUAAAGAAGGCAGAAGGGACAAUGGUCGUCAAACCUCCUAAUAAAACGGCAAUCAUCAAUGGACUGAGACAACAGGCGGAAUAUUCAUUUCGGAUUGUGGCUGCAACUUCCAAAGGAAAUGGCCCACUCAGCAACACGGUAAAGGCAACGACAGAUGGUAAGGAGAUUUCAAAAUACUAGUCUUUUACAUUUCUAUAUUUGAUAAAGCGUAAACAAUAGGUUUUCUUUUGGCUUCGCUCGGAACGUUAGUUUAAAGGUACUGUAGAUCGGAUACCUUCCAAAGCAUUUAUUUUCAGUUAGAAUUACUGGAGAGAUUUAGAAUCACCUUAACUAGUCGUUUAACUGUACAUUACAUCUUCAGAGAGCAGUAUAUACUAAGCAGCUCCAUGCCCUUUUCAUCUACAAAGAUUACUAACUGGACACUUUGGGAAUUGUGAGCCUGAAUCUCGUAAUUGCCCUUUGCCAUAAAUCUAACUAUAGUUCUCUCCACUAACUAGGUAAAUUUAAUGGUUGAGCUAUUUGGCGCAUACAGGAAUUUUAAAAAUUCGUCCACCUACCAGGAACGAAUGAAAUCAGUCAAAAUCGUUUCUUUCAGCCGUGCCCACGAUUUUGCCACCCGCUGAUGACGCCAUUGGUGCAAAACAAGUGUCCGUCAAAUUUGUCAACAGACACGCCUUGAGUAAUGGGAGUCCUGUGACGUAUGUACAUGUAUUCUCAGCUAUUUUCUAA